UACUCUUCCUCGCUUUCCUACAGCAACGCAAUGAAUCUCCUACUAAUAAACAGAAGGACGUCGUGGUUGUUUGGCUGUAGUUUGUUAUAUAGAGAGGAUUUCUUAAGUGAAGGAAAGAAGAUAGUGAGAAGAAUGGCAUCCGGGCAGCAGAGAACCGAACUUGACGCCAGAGCCAGGCAGGGAGAGACUGUAGUCCCUGGUGGAACUGGAGGGAAGAGCCUCGAAGCACAGGAGCAUCUCGCCGAAGGGAGGAGCCGUGGAGGGCAGUCGAGGAAGGACCAGCUAGGCACGGAAGGAUACCAGGAGAUGGGGUGGAAGGGUGGACUUAGCACCAUGGACCAGUCCGGCGGGGAGAGUGCAGCACAAGAGGGGAUUGACAUCGACGAAUCCAAGUUUACCACAAGGCGUUAGUGUUUCCUUUAUUAGUUAUUAGUUCUGUUGUCUGGUAAUAGUAACAUGACUGGCUAGUUGAAGAAAUAUUACUAAAGUAGGAUAUUUAAAUA